AUGGAGACACAUCCUGCAAGAUUAGUUCAUAGUACAAUAGAGGAUAAUUUAAUCAAUAUUAAGAAUAAGCGGACCCUUUUUGGAUCUCCAAGUGAAAGAAAUCCACAAAACAGGGAUUAUGGAAAUAAGGAUAUUGGUGCUCAUUGUCAUGUUCACAUCUUUAGUGAUGAAAUUCCCCUCAAAAAUUUAGAUAAAGAAAAAGAAGAAGAUGAUAAAGAAUCAGAUGAUGAUAACGUUGACAACCCCGAAGAUGAUACUGUUAGAAAUCUUAACCUAGAUUUUAAUAAUUUGGUACUCUCAGGGCAAGAAACCUGUCCUAAAUGCUAG